UUCGUAGUGCCACUUCAAAAAUAAAUAAAUAAAAUAAAAUGUUGCCGCUUACUAAAUGCAAUGCUGCGAUAUUUCUCAUGCAACCAGCGAUAAUUGACGAUUUUACGUCAAAGAAUAAAAAAUAGAUAUUUAAAGUAAACAUAAAAGUCCUAUAGCAUUAUAAAAACAACAUAUUUAUUUACUUAUUCAAGAUCAUCACUCAAGCAUACAUACAAUAUGUAUGUAUUUAAGUAUUUACAUAUAUGUAUAUAAACACGAAAAAUAUUUGCAAGGGCGAUAAAAUGUCGAGCGAAGGUCUAAAGGAAAUUAAAAACUAAAUGAGCGGUAAUAUAUAAUUUGACCAAGCCAGAAAAAAAUUCAAAUUCGAGCAAUUCCUUGUUACGACUGUCUGUGAAAAUGAGUCGUGAAGAGCCAAAAUCGCGUACAAGCAACAAAAACAUAACUCAUCCCACCAUUAGCACCACUAACUCCCCCACCAAUAAUACACAUACAACAAUAGUAUCAACUACUGCACCAUCAUCAAUCAGUCAUACCACCUGCAGUGAUGCAACAACUACGAAUUCUAACACAAACACCACAGCAUUCCUAACAGCCACUAGCUGCAGCGGCAGCGGCAAUGACAGUGUCAACAGCGUUAGUGGCAUAAUCUCUACUUCAACGCCACAUAAGCGUUGUGAUGCUGCAGCUGAAUUUAGCUGUGGAGGCAGCGAUGGCAGUAAGUCCGCCGCCGCCAUGGGUGAUGCGCCUAACGUUUCGUUACGGGAAAUGCUAGAUGCUGCCUUUAAUCCGGACGAUAGCGUUGCCACAACAUUUAAUCCGCCGGGCAGUCGCAACUUGAGCUCCAUUUCAGCGCCGGCUAGCUUUAACAAAUCUUCCUCAACUAAUAACUCAACGGGAAGCCCGGUAGCAAAACGUCACCUGAGCGCCACCGCACAUGCACGCAUGCGCCCACAAUCAAGUUACUCGGCACGUGCGCUGGUUUUUGAUGAUUCCGAUCAGGAGUUGGGCGCGAGUGGUGGCAGUGGCAGCGGCGGUGGUGGUAGCCCACGUAUCAACAGCAAGCAGGAAGCAAGUGUGAACGCUGCCAAGUCAUCAACUGGGUUGGAAAUUUUGACGGCGUCGCCGAAAGCAGCUGGCGGGGAUAAUAGUGCCAGCAACUCAUCGUUGACAACAUCGGUGUCGUUGUUGCGUAACUCGAACCUGACCAAGUCGUCUUCGGGUGGGCUUUCGGGCAGUUCAGUGUCAUUGCCGGGCCGCAGUUAUAAUGCGCUAUUGCGUAAGAUCUCCUACCAGCAUGGAUACUCCAUGCGAUCGUCGAGCAAUGAUACAUCGAAUCUCGUACGUAUGCGCAAUUCCUCGUUGGGAAAGUCGGCUCCCUGUCUCACUGGCAGCUAUUUGCGCGCUAGUGCUAACAAUGAUUCCUCAAUUUACUUUAGCCCAGGUCCACAUGUGCUCUCGCAGUCGCAUUCGUCAGCCACAUGUAACGUGCAGACGCACACAAUGCAUCACUGCAAUUCCUCGCCAAACACUGUCAGCUGUGCCACUGGUGGCGGAUCUGCCGCCGCCUCCACUUCGGGUGCAUUGAAUAUUUCGCGCUCAGGCAGCAGCGCUGGAUUAGGCAUUGGUAAACAUCAUUUGCAUGGCGUGGUAAUGCGCGGCAGUAGUGUUGGUGGCACAUCCAGCGGUGUAGCACAUCAUCGUUUAAGUUUAGUAACCGCUGGCAUAAACGCUUGUAACACUUCACCACGCUCGCACUCACCCUAUUCGGCGAGUCCAGUCGAUAGUCCACGUAUAAAUUCACCAAUGCAAUUUCCAUUUGCGCCCAUAAAACGCAUCGCUUCAUGUCGUGGUGAUGGCAGGCGCUGGUCUGUUGCAUCAUUGCCUUCUUCUGGCUAUGGCACUACGCCUGGUAGUUCCAAUUUGUCGUCGCAGUGUUCCAGUCAAGAAGCGCUCCAUCAGCUGCAAAACAUUCCUCCCAGCGAUGAUGCUGCACAAGACGCCAAUGCGAUUACAUGCUGUGUGGAGCAUUUACAGGCAGCCAUAGCAGCGGCACCACGAGUGCACUGUCAGAAGCAUUGCGCUUUAAUGUCCGGCGCAUAUGCGUCAUCAACGCCCACACCUGCGACUACAACAACAGCUACAACGAACAAAACAGUGUCCGUCCCACACUCUACAACGAACAAUAUUAGUUUCAAUAGCAUCAGCAAUACAAGUACACUUGACACUAACAAAAACAUCAUUUCGACUCCGCCGCAUCACCAACCGCGUUCGCGCUGUCCAAACUGUUGUGCUGAUAGUAAUGUUUUAUGUGCGGGUGGUAAAGUUUGCGCUGUCGCUGCUGCAACGAUUCCCGGAACACCGACAAAUAUCACCACUAUGGCCGCAGGGUCGAAUGCUCCAUGUACGCCUAGUGCAGCCGGUAGUAGUAGCGGCAGUGGUAGUGGUAAUAACAAUGGUUCUACUGGUGGAUUUGCUGGUCGCAUGUCGCCCUUUCACCGUCCACGUUCGCGUUCGCUCUCAAGUCCGUCGCGUUCACCAAUUGUGGACAAUGAGAUCGCUAUGAUGAAUACGUUGUACAAGGAACGCUUUCCAAAGGCUACCCAGCAGAUGGAGGAGCGUCUAAAGCAUUUUAUAAACGAGAAUAAGAGUGUAGCAUGCAAUAGCUUUCGCGACUCGCAGCCAAUUGUGCGCUUUGUUCAUCAUCAAGUACUAGAAAUGGCUCGAGAUUGCUUACAUAAAUCUGAAGCAAAGCUAAUAACAUCCCGUUACUUCUACGAAAUGAGUGAGAAUCUCGAACGUUUGUUAUUGGAAACGAAAGAUAAGUCUCCAGAGGCAGCCGCGGAGCUAACUGGUGUCAUCAAAAAGUUGCUUCUAAUCAUAUCACGUCCUGCACGUUUGCUCGAAUGCUUAGAAUUCGAUCCCGAAGAGUUCUAUCAACUUCUGGAAGCCGCUGAGGGCCAGGCAAAAGCAAUACAGGGUAUUAAGGCAGAUAUACCGCAAUAUAUUAUUCACAAGUUAGGUUUGAAUCGCGAUCCUAUAGCUGAAAUGCAGCAAGAGAUGAAGGAAACGCAAGCAGUCUGUGAAGGCAAUCGCUCGGCCGCUGAUGGUGCCGCUGCCACAGACAUUUCACAGGCGCAGGGUCAGUGUAGCCCAUUGCUUUUAAAUUCGCCGCACACUUGUGUAACCGCUAAUUUCAACCCAUCCAAUGCACUGUUGGUCGGGGAUGCACAUCCAGCAAGUAGUGGCACGUGUACACCACAUGCACCGUUGCCUUUGCAACCACCACAAACGCCAGUGGCAGGUGAUCCAGACGUUCCGAUUCCAUCUUUUGCCGCAGCGAUUUGCACAGCAGUGGCCAACGCCACGCCCACUACCACAACGACUCUCGCUCAACGCUCGACACAGACAGCGCAGCCAAUACCAAACGAACACGAUUUCGAUAUCGUGAAAUUGAUCUCAAAUGGCGCCUACGGUGCGGUGUACCUGGUUAAGCAUAAGACUACGCGUCAACGUUUCGCUAUGAAGAAAAUCAACAAAAAUAAUCUCAUCCUGCGUAACCAGGUGGAGCAGGUAUUUGCUGAACGUGAUAUACUCUCCUUCGCCGACAAUCCCUUCGUUGUCAGCAUGUACUGUUCGUUCGAGACGAAAAAACAUUUGUGUUUGGUAAUGGAAUAUGUUGAGGGUGGCGAUUGUGCGACGCUUUUGAAAAAUAUUGGGCCGUUGCCACCUGAUAUGGCGCGAUUUUAUUUUGCGGAAACAGUAUUAGCGGUGGAAUAUCUGCAUAGUUAUGGCAUUGUGCAUCGUGAUCUGAAGCCGGAUAACCUACUCAUAACGGCUUUGGGGCACAUAAAACUCACCGAUUUCGGCUUAUCCAAAAUGGGUUUAAUGUCGUUGGCAACAAAUUUAUACGAGGGCUACAUUGAUUCCGAAACUAGGCAGUUUUCUGACAAACAGGUCUACGGCACUCCUGAAUAUAUAGCACCCGAGGUGAUAUUGCGACAGGGUUACGGCAAACCGGUCGAUUGGUGGUCGAUGGGUAUUAUAUUGUAUGAAUUUCUGAUUGGGUGUGUCCCCUUUUUUGGUGAGACUACCGAAGAGCUAUUUGCGCAUACAGUCAACGACGAUAUUGAGUGGCCUGAUAGUGAGGACUGGGAUGUACAGCCAGAGGCAAAGGAUCUUAUAACGCAAUUGUUGCAACAAAAUCCACGCGAACGUCUUGGCACUCAAGGUGGGGCUUUGGAGGUGAAAGAACACAUAUAUUUUAUAGGUUUAGAUUGGAAUUCGCUGCUGCGACAAAAGGCUGAGUUCGUGCCACAAUUGUCUACUGAGGAUGAUACGAGCUACUUUGACACCCGUAUGGAUCGAUAUAAUCAUGACUUAGCUGGUGAUGAUACUGAUGACACCGAUGACACGCCGGUUUUCGGCUCAUUCUCUUCACUAACGCCACAAUAUCGCAAACAACACUAUUCGUGGUCUCGUGUGCCCUCAGGCAGCUCCAGUACCACAAUGACACCUACUACCACGAGUGUGGCAUCAGUUUCAGCGUCUGCUUCUAGCAGCGGAACAGAAAACUCGGCACAGCAAACAAAUGCCAAAAAAGAUGUUAUAGCCAAUAUUGUGACCACAUCUGGUAACUCUUCUGUUACUGAAAACACCAGCACCGUGGUUGACACGUCACUGGCUUUGGUGAAAUGUAAAAACAGCUCGGCAUUGUCACCAAGCAUGAGCAGCGAUUUUAUAGCGAAUAAGCUGUUAACAACACCCCAAUUGCGCAAACUUGACCUAACAUCUGGUUGCCUCAAAGUGCCAUCCACACCCGAUGCCGAAUAUUUGCCAGAAUUAUUGCACAACAUCACCAUCGGCAAUGAUAACGAAUUGCGCUUGCUCAAUCAAUUCCUACGACAGUCGUCUAUAUCCAGCCCUUCGGCCUCUCCUGCUAGUAGUGCUGGCAGCGGCACAGCCUACUUGCAGCAGCGUGAACGCCAACCGCAACGUCACAGCAUGCCGCCAUCGACCACAGCUAUAAUUACCACGCCUGCUACACCACCAGCCACGAUAGUAAGUGCCGCUGCUGCACAAGCAGCCGCAGUUGCUGCAGCCGCAAAUGAGGAACCCAAUACCGCGUCGUCCGCUGCAUCCACUGCUUUAGCUAAAACCACAUAUCCACAUCCAUCAUUAAUACCUGCGGCUGCGGCACCAUCCCGCAGCACACCGGAAUCAUCUACCGCUACAGAUAGUGACGAUUUCUCACCGCAAAUUCAUCGCAAACGUAAGGGCGUAUGCGCGCGAGACAUACUACCACGAUUCUCCAUAUCCAUCGAGGACGAGACGGUGAGUGGUGGCUCUUCUUCAGCGGAAAAUACGCGUGAACAAUCGCCACUCGCAUUACAGCAUCAUCACAAAUCAAUGGACGGUCAUUUGGGCAAACAUCGUUCGAGGUCAAUUGUGAAGUCCGCUUCUGCACUGGGCUUAUCAUUAAUGUCCAGUGCUGUGGAUAAUCAGCAGUUGGCGCAGCAGCUAUGCGGUAUAGCGGCUGGUAUACAAUCGCCUGGAAGCGGAAUAGGAAGUGGUGGUGGCGGCAGCGGUAAUGGUGGCUCAAGUACAGCAAGUUCGCGUGACACUUCGCCGUGUCGCGAUCUCUCGCCAUUAGUUACCAACUUAAAACCACCAAUCAUUAUAAGACGCGGUCCACGUGGCUUUGGCUUCACUGUGCAUACGAUCCGCGUCUAUUAUGGAGACACAGAUUUCUAUACAAUGCAUCACUUGGUGAUGGCCGUGGAGGAAGGUAGUCCUGCGUUUGAAGCUGGACUGCGUCCUGCCGACUUGAUUACACACGUGAAUGGUGAACUGGUACAAGGGCUCUACCACACACAAGUAUUACAGUUGUUGUUGAGUGGCGGUGAGCAUGUAACGUUGCGUGCGACUCCCUUGGAGCAUACAAGCAUACAGAGUGGUGGACGUAAGCGUGAUUUGAUGCAAAGCAAGUUAGCAAAAAAGGGCGUAAAUAGACAGAAAAAGCAAACGAAGAAGGAACACGACAAGAAGCGCAAAACGUCACUUUUUCGAAGGAUUAGUAGCAAACGUGCUUCGGCAGAGAUACAACAGAUCGCUGCGGGUAUUGCAGGUUCUCCAACCAAUCCCGCAGCCAGCUCUGUUGUCAGUGGAUCUGGUGGACCUAGCGUUGGCAAUAAUUGCAAUCGCAAUUUAUCUCCUAUGGAUUCUUCUUAUCAUAGCAGUAGCUGCUGUCAAUCCGCUGGCAACUCAUCGCAAUCUACGUCACCAUCUUCAUCGGCACCGAAUACUCCAACCGGUGGUAAUGGCAUACAAUCGCAGACUACAAUUGCCAGUACACCAACAAAAACUUCCGCAUUGGCGAUUUCCACAACUGCGCCAGGAGUCUUGAUGCCACAUGGCGCGUCCAGUAGCGUCGUGGGUGGUGUAAUUGGUUCAGCUGCUACAGUAGGGAGUAGUGCUGUCGGUGGCAACAUUCCAGUAUCACCCACUUCAGUACCACAACUCUAUCAACGGCCAUCGACACUACAUGGUCUCAAGCACAAAUUACAUACAGCCGGAUGUGGUGGCAAUAAUGCCGUUGUCGUUUGCCCAACGGGUAGCACUGGCGCUGGCGUUGUAAAGUCGCUUCAUACUAGCGCUGCUGGGGCUUUGCCUCCAAAUCGCCGCAAAUCUGUCGGUCAUAUACCACUCUCGCCAUUAGCACGUACGCCAUCACCUUCACCGCUACCAGCUUCACCGACACGUUCACCAUCGCCAUUAGCUUUUCCUAUUGUGGGGCAUCAGCCUGGCGCCUCGAACACCACACAAUCAUACAGUCCUGGCAGUUCGCUGCCCGCAGUGCAAACCAUAGGAAGUGGCUCGAAGAAAAGCGGCUUCGUGCGCACCAAAACAGGGGAGCCGAGUUCGCCAUUACUACGACGUGCGCUUUCGCCCGAUCGGCUGCAUCCGCGUAGCGCUGAAGCAAAAUGUACACUGAUUUCACCGCUUUGCUGCUCACCACCGAUAAAGCAGCCGCAACAGCGUGUGAUUGGCGGUGUUUGGCGCCCGAAUACAGGCACAGGAGGGAAUGUUGGUGGUGUUAGUGGUGGUGGUGUUGGUAUUGGCGGAACGUCGACAUGUGCAGUGACUACAUUGCCGCCAAUAAAUGCAAUGCAACAAAGUUUCACCAGCGCAAGUGGUGGAAUUUCCAAUAAUAACUGUGGUGGCGGAAACACAGCUACUUGUUCUGGUGGAAAUUUGGAUGGAUCAAAUGAAUCUCAAUUGUCUGGUGUCUGUAUUUUGAAUACAGCAGAUCAAAAUUCUGUUGCAGUUGUUGGUACCCCCACAAGUAUUGCUUUGCCAGCUCCGGGUGAGAUGUUGCCGCGUAUUGCCGAGGAAAAAGAUUCACCAACCAGCACUCAUGGGUCAGAAGAAGAGGCUAACCCAGCAGCCGUUAUAACUAAUGUAACUACCACAGUAAUUGGCGGCGCCGUUGGUAUAAAUGUUAUGCAGACCAUUGACGAGCACGGUGAUGAGGUGUGCGGUGUUGGUAGUGACUUGAGCGCUGCUUCGGUAAAGCACCAACGAGACGCUAGCGUUGUGCAGGAUACUCAGCAAAAAAAUGCUGAAAAGCCGGCAGUGGCUCUCGUCAAAGGCUAUGGCAAUGCAAAUGCCAAAAGCAGAAGCAGCUUAUCGCCCAGCCAAAAGGAAAGCACACAUACAACUACAAUGUUGGCAACAACAAAACCCACAACUGCAACAACAACUACAAUAGCUUUUUCUGCAAAGCAGAAGAAGUAAUAAAAUUUGUUAGAAUAUGGCAUUUGACGGUGGUGAACAAAAAAGCCGCUGCCAAAACUAAACGAAUAUUUUCUUUUUUGUAUGUAAAUUGUUUUAGUAAUGUAAUAUUAUAAUUAUUAUCAUUUUCUUUAACCACAUUUCGCUUUGGAGUGUGCUUUGUGCAUCGUUAGGAGUUGAAUGUUAAUUAAUUAAUUUGAGAGCGGCAUAAGAGAGGAGCGGGUAGAAAAUAAAUGACGCUGAAGUGAUAGUGGAGCACGCGAGAAAGCGGACGUAAUGCUCUUUCUUUUAGUAAAAUCAUAAAUCGAUGGUAAAUUUUAAAUGAAACUAUUUUUUUUGUAUGAAAAAUAAAGUAAUUUACCUUUGUAUAGCGGUGUCUUUACACCGCAGCACUAUGCUGCAUGUAUGUAUAUUUUUCUUUGUUAUGAUUGUGGCGCUUAUGGCUGUCAUUGUACGUUCAACACCUAUUCACAGCAAUUUGCUAUUUUUUAUUAGUAUUAGUAUUUAAAAAAAAUUAUAAAAUACAAACAAAAAUAAUUACAUUACAAAAUAUGCGAUAUAUACAAUUACACAUACUUAAAUGCAUAUAAAACGCUAAUAAUGUAUGUAAGCGCACUAAAGAGAAUUAAGAACUUUCGCAAAGUAAAACGAAAGAAAUGCAGAAAGGAUGAGGAUGUAAUAUUUUUGCCAUAAAUAAUCAGCAAAACAGAUACAUGUUGCUUAAAUGAACACGAGAUUAAAAAUAUAUACAAAAAAAAAAAAACAAAAACGCAUACAUAUGUGUGAAAUAAUUUUUGGAACUCUGUUAAAUGUGAAACCGAGGACUGCAAAAUGUAAAAGGCGUUUGGCUAUAAAUGCAUAUGUGUA